AAAGCUUGAAUCAGCUACAUUAAAAGAAAAGCUUCAAAGAUAGAAGCCAUACGGCAAGUGUGAAUCAGACAGAACACGAAGACAAAGUUAUCGUAGAAAAGUAGAUAUAUUACUCAUCACAAUUUAAAAGAAGUAUAUCUUUGUUAUGUCCCAAGCUGCGCUCCUGGAACGAUUGGUCAUGAGCCAAAAUUACGACAAAUCGAAUUUAAAGCUUGACUUCGAAAACAAAGCAGCAAAUUGUAGCAGAAAAAAAACAUUCUUAGGAUUACCUUCUCCAGCCAUAUUACAGUCUCCUGACUUAAAACUUUUGAAAUUAGGUAGUCCUGAGCUAGAGAAGUUAAUUAUAAAUAAUGAUGGAUUUAUACCAACACCGACGCCUGGUGGCAACUCAAGUUUUAUGCACACAGGGGAGAAGGAGAUGGACAAGGAAAGUUUUGCUCGUGGUUUUAUAGAAGCCCUUCAAAAGCUGCAAGAACAAGAUGCGCCUGUGAGUUUAAAUGCACUGGAGGAGUCAGCUAAAUCAACAGGAAAUAGCAUAAAAGCACAUAGUUCUAGACUACCAUGGAGUUCUCGAGAUCACAACCAAAACUCUGUCCCUGUUAUAAAAAAUAGAUUUGAUAAUAGAUCACCUCCAAUUAACAGACAAGCUACAACCACUCCUGUUUUAAUAAAUUUCCCUACAGUUUCAACAGGUGCAGUAAGCACUAUGGGAAUGACAUCUGUUCCUGUGGCAAGUUCAUAUGUAACAAGGCCAUAUGCUUCCGACAUAGACCACAAUAGAUUGUCACAUCAAAGUUCACACUCAAUGACUACCUCAGGCAUAACUUUGCCAACACCUAUUCCAGUUUCAUCAACGUCUCCUAUUCUAGAUGUGCAAAUAAAAUCUGAGGAUGAAGCUAUCGUUCCAUCCAGCGACAUGAACUUAGAUAUGAACCCAAUUGAUUUAGAUGCACAAGAACAUAUAAAACAUCAGCGUAAAAAGUUGAGAAACCGAUUAGCUGCACAGCGCUGUCGAAAAAGGAAAAUAGAGCGUGAAGAUACGCUAAAGGUGAAAGUAAAGGAACUAAAGUCUAAAAAUGCUGAGCUAACAACAUUAGCAAGUACACUGAGAAUGCAAGUUUGCGAUUUGAAACAGCAGGUCAUGCAUCAUGUUAAUGAAGGAUGCCAGGUAUUUUUAAAAGACAGUGAAGAUGAAAAAAAUUUGAUGGCGAAAACCAGCUAACGUUGUAUGUUUUACAUAAAUAUUUUUGAUAAUUUUAGUAGCAAAAAGGAAGGAAUUAUUUAUAGAACUUUAAAAGUUGGGUUGCUUUAAAUUCUAGUCCUUACACUAUUCUGGUAUUUGUUAUCACAAGUGGAAGCAAAAUAUGCUGAUUUGCGAAUGCUUUUUGUUUAUUUUGGUGGUUUUAAGUUUUACUGUAAAUUUGUAGAAAAUACGAGAAUUUUAUUUAUUUGCUGUUUCCAGACAAUAUGUCUUUUCAUGAGAUGAAAAACUCACAAGUGAUUUAUAUAUAUAUAUAAUGUAGAACUUAACACAUUUUUAUCAUAGAGAGAUAAACUUAUUCUAGUCA